AUGUCUGCCUCGGACGGAGAGCUGCCCUCAGAGGCGACUAUAUCAAACAAACUUCGCGACGUCGUCAUCGCCUUACACACGGCUGGGAACACAGACGACUUGACCGUCAAACGCGUGCGAGCGCGCGCUGAGAAGGAGCUUGGCCUAGGCGAGGGAUUCUUCAAGACAAACUCGAGCUGGAAGCAGAAGAGCCAGGACGAAAUUCGCGAGGCUGUGGAAAAGUACUGUGGCGAUGAGCCUACACCAAACCCAACCCCAAAGAAAGCUACUGCGAAGCCGAAACCGAAACCCGCCGAAAAGAAGGCCAAGGCAGCAACUGAGAGCGCUCGAGGCGUGAAGCGGAAGGCUACUGCCCCGGCCAAGAAAUCUAAGAAGCGAAGAAAGACGUCGUCAGAGGAAGAGUCCGAAGCUGACCUGUCGGAACCAUCUGCUGAGAUAUCUGAUGCGGACAGCGACCUACCGAAGAAGCCAUUACGAAGAGGAAAGAAGGUCGUGGCCGAAGACUCAGACGACGAGGAAGAGGCACCCAAGCCCACAGCUGUAGCAAAGGCGAAGGCGACCUUGGACGAUGAUGAGAGCGACGAUGAGCCAGCAGCGCCAGUCGAGAAGCCCGAGACAACCCCACCGCCAAAUACAAGGCACGACGUAUCAGACAGCGAAAUGUCUGAGCUCAUCGACGAGUCACCUGUGAAAAAGCCACGAGGGAAAAAGGAGCCUGCGUCCAAGACGAAGAAGGAAAAGGCACCAGCACAACCAAAGGCCGCGCCCGCAAAGGCAAAAGCCGCCGAGAGCCCAGACGAAGCAGAAAUCAAACGACUACAAAGCUGGCUGGUAAAAUGCGGUAUUCGCAAAGUCUGGUCAAGAGAUCCCGAACUCUCCAAAUGCGACACGGCCAAGGAGAAGAUCAAGCUUCUCAAGAUUAUGCUGAAGGAUGCGGGCAUGGAUGGCAAGUACUCGAAUGAGAAGGCUGCCAGUAUCAAAGAGAAGCGAGAAUUCGCAAAGGAUCUAGCUGCUAUCCAAGAGGGUGAACAGGCGUGGGGCAAGGCCGAGGUUACUACCACUGGACGCCCGAGCCGUAGAGCAGCAGCAGCUAGGCCGGUGCCGCAGCAGCAGAUUGUGCUCAGUGAUGAUGAGGCUGAGGAAAAUGGCAGUAAAGAUGAUCAGGAGUCGAGCGAUGAUGAUGACGACGAUGCUGUCGAGGGCGACUCCGAAGACGACGACGACGAUGAAAAGGACGAUGACAGUGGAGAUGACGACUCUGAUUAA